AUGCCUUCCGCCGCUGGAUCCGAGGAAGUCGACCCCGGCCGAGUGCAAGAGAGCAGUCUGGGUCUUAUCAUGGGCGUGUCAUCGACGUUGCACGUCGUGGCUCUUAUUGUCGUCCUCUCCGCCGGGGGAGCGUUUAUAUGCUAUCUCGUCCAGACCCAACACGGUCUCGGGACGCAUAUCGAAUUUGUGUCAAAGCCUGACCAACUCGCAUACGGCGCGGCAUCUUUCGCAAUGACAAUAAUCAACAUCUUCGGUCUCGCUCUCCUGAAGAUAUCACUCGCUCUGUCGCUCUUGCGCCUCAGCACGGGGAAGACCUUCUCCAGGGUGCUAUGGGCGACAAUUACCUUCGUGGCAUUGUACAGCUUCUUCGCUUGGAUGGCCCUCUUCUUAUACUGCAAGCCGAUGGAAGGGUUCUGGAACAAGUCAACCAAGCCCAGCUGUUACGAUAUCAAGUUGUUCAUCAAGUUCGCCCUGGUUAACACAGCCUUCAACAUCUUCACGGAUGUCGCGCUGGCGUCCCUGCCGCUGAUCAUCGUCCUCGGCCUUGGAUGGAUCGCUGUUGGCCUAGGUGUAGUGAAGGCAAUUUACCAGAUUCAAUUCGCCAAUGUGGUCGACAAGACGUUCGAGCUCAACAUCCAGUUCUGGGGAUUCCUCCAACUAAACGUCGGCCUCAUAGUAGCCUGCGCACCGCAGCUCAUGAAGCUGCUCAACCCCAUUCUCAAGCUCUCGACAGAGCGUUACUACAAUCCCUACAGAAGACGAUCCCGGUCCCUCAAGAACAUACUGGGCCCCGAUAGCCUUAGCGGCGGAUACAUCAAGCAGGAGAGUAAUGGGUCGCACAGCCUUGCCCAGGACGACGACCUCGAGUUGAACGAGCUGCCCAUCAUCGCUAUGGACGCGUGCCAUGCGAGCGCACACGGCGGUAGUGCGAAGGAUGUUGAAGCCGGACUUGCAAUCCCAAGGAAGACGCUUCUGCGCAAGCACACGGUGUCACAAAGGAGCCCGACAGAGCCGAGGCCGUCAGACAGCGAUGAGUCGAUUUUCGGGGGCGUCGUCGUUGACCCACGUACCAAGGGCAUUCUGCGGACCACCGAGGUCAUAGUUUCGUCUCGAUAG